CUCCACACCCUCCAAAUUAUAAAAAACAAACGUAAAAACUCCCCUCUCAAAUUUACUCUCUCUCUCUCUCUCAACUUCACGUCCAGUUUCCCUUCCUCCCUCUAGCCGGAGACACCAUUCUCCGGCGCCACAGUCCCGACCCAAAAACCGUACCCAUUUGUUUCGAUCAGACCCUGGAACCCUCCCUCGGAUCCGAUCUGGGCUCCGAGUUAAAUCCACCCUGGGAAAGAGUAGCGAGUUUAAUUAGCAGUAGAGAUAGGGAGAGAGAGAGAGUAGCAUAGAGAAGCGAGAGUGAGCGAUAAGAGAGCGAGAGAGAGCUGAAGAAAUGUACAAGAACCAGCUUCAAGAGCUGGCCCAGCGGAGCUGCUUUAACCUCCCCUCGUACACGUGCAUUCGGGAAGGUCCGGACCACGCGCCCAGGUUCAAGGCCACCGUCAACUUUAACGGGGAGAUCUUCGAGAGCCCCCACUACUGCUCCACCCUCCGCCAGGCCGAGCACUCCGCCGCCGAGGUCGCUCUGAACUCCCUCUCUAACCGCGGCCCCUCUCACUCCCUCGCCGCCAGGAUCCUGGAUGAGACGGGGGUUUACAAGAACCUCUUGCAGGAAAUAGCACAAAGAGUUGGAGCCCCAUUGCCACAGUACACAACAUUCAGGUCAGGCCUUGGACACCUACCUGUUUUCACAGGGACCGUGGAAUUGGCUGGAAUUACAUUCACCGGGGAACCUGCUAAGAAUAAGAAACAAGCUGAGAAGAAUGCAGCUAUGGCAGCUUGGUCAUCUCUAAAACAACUCCCGAAAGAAGCUGUGGGUUCUUCAUCUGAACCAGAAAACAAUGAUGAGCUGGAACAGAUCACAAUAGCACGGGCUUUACUGAAAUAUCGUUUGAAGGAGAAGAUGGCAAUGGCUAACCCAAAUGCUCCAAUACCGUUUCCUAGGAAGUUUCCAAUUCAGAGCCCCAGGCCAACCAGUCCACAAACUCCCCCUGCUACCACAUCAAAGAUCCUCCCAUUAAUCUGCCAGAAGACAGCUCCUCGAAACAGACUGCCAUCAACAAUAGCAAAUGAUGGCCAGGUGCUACCCUCACAGCAUUAUUCACUAGAAGGCCGUGGGAACCGUCCUCAGAAGUUCCCUGCAGCAGGAGCAGCUCCUUAUGUUCCCAUCCGACAAUUUAGGACACCUUGCCAUGGUAUUGCGCCACCAGUUACAAUACGAACUGCAGUGCCCGUUUACUCUGCACCACUGCUACCACCACCAUCCAAGCCAACCCCUCAGGUGAUGCGGGCCCCAUCUGUCCGAGUUGCUCCUCCAGUAUCCAUUAGGCAGGCUGUUCCAGUAUUUGCCGCUCCACCAGCUUGCAAAGAAGAUUCCCCUGUUGUUCAAAAAGAAGAUCCUCGUGCUGUUACUGCUUCUCCCCAACCAAGUCAAUUACCAGCUCGAGUAGAAGAAACCGGGAACACAACUGCAAGCAGUCUACAAGAAUCUGAGACGGUACAGAGCCUGGAACAACUCAAAAUCUAAUGAUGAUUAAGGUGGACUUGAAUUCAUGGAAAGCUUUGUUAUGGUUUUGCGGUGGUCUGAAGUUUGGCUUGCCUGUCUUUUAUCAUCUUGUAUUUGAGUGUUCUUUAGCUCUUUUUUGGUUACUGUUACCAUCUUUAUUUUGUUAAAAGCUACAGUGCAGAUUAAAUUAGCAUCAGUAGUCUAGAAUCUUUGCAUUCAA